GAGGACAUGCUUGUGCAAUGUAACUGGGAGGCUGCUUGUUCUAAGAGAAGAGUUUCUGUACAGUCUGCGUUACCUAAUGAGGAAGCAGUUCAGGUGAAGAAACCCGCUCACUUCGGAACAACAAAUGAAGAUAUCAAGAACAACUUGGAUUUAUUUACUUUAAAGCUUCAGUUAUGAGUAAUUGUCAUAAUCAAAGCGAUCCUGAUCAGCUCCAUGGAUUUCUUAUUCCAAAGUAUUUUCUCAGCCAGAGGAACCACAUCAGACCCAGAGCUCAGCAGUGAUGCUGGCGAUGCAGCACUACAACUCCUCAGGUAUUGUUGCCUCCUCUCCCCUGUCUAACCAGACCACCAUGGGGCAGGAGCUGGAGGGCGUAGCACGUACUGACACCCCUAUGCAGAACAACCCCACAGCUGCUGGCCUUACCAUGACUCUGGGCAUCCUGUUCAACGUAGUGGCCCUCAUCAUUCUGGCCAAGGCUUACAACCGCUUCCGUCGGCGGUCAAAGGCCACUUUUCUGCUCUUUGCGAGCUCCCUGGUGGCUACAGAUCUGGUUGGACAUGUUAUCCCUGGAGCCCUUGUGCUGAGAAGAUAUUCUGCAGGCAAUGGGUCCACAUCCAGCUUUAAAGGUGAUCCUGCGGAUCCAGAUGCCCCUUGUCUGUUUUUGGGAGGUUGCAUGGUGUUCUUUGGACUUUGCCCACUUUUUCUGGGCUGUGCCAUGGCUGCUGAGCGCUGUCUGGGCGUCACAAGGCCUUUGCUGCAUGCACGUCUAGUGACCACAGCACGGACAAAGAUGGCACUGACACUCAUCUGGCUCCUGGCUUUAUGUGUGGCCCUCCUGCCCUUCUUCAGCCUUGGUGCCUACACCUAUCAGUACCCAUGGACAUGGUGUUUUAUCAGGGUGAUGGAGGACAUUAAAGGGACAGAUCUGGCCUUUGUGAUGCUGUUCUCUGGACUGGCUUUGAGCUCUCUGGCCUCAGCCUUUGUAUGUAACACCAUCAGCGGGAUCACACUAGUUAGAGCCCGGCUAAAGAAGAGGUCCUGCUCCCAGCGCCGCUCAGCCAGGUCUCAUGAUACGGAGAUGGUGGUCCAGCUGGUCGGCAUCAUGGUCACUUCCUGUAUCUGCUGGAGCCCUCUGCUGGUCUUUGGACUGAUGUCAGCCACACGGUCCUACAGUGGCUCCCUGGGCGAUGACCUAAACACAUACAGGGGACUGAUGGUGACAGGUGUCAGGAUGGCAACCUGUAACCAAAUCCUGGAUCCUUGGGUCUACAUCCUGUUGCGUCGUGCCAUCCUCAGGAAGAUCUACCGCAUCACUAAAAAGCAGGCCAGUUUCAAGGGAAGCACAUUUCGCUCCGUCCGCUGGGAUGUCAGCUCCUUUCAGAACUCAGAGAAAAACAGUGUUAAUAAGAUCUGAGGGACAAUGAAAGGGCAAAUGGCAGCCAUCUCUUUUUAAGGGGUGCUCUGUCACUUGCCAUCAGGAUCAGUACUGAACCUGGCAGCUUUUCAUCCUGAUCUGAAUUCAGUGUUAAUAGGUUGAAAAGAGAUUUCUUUCUUGGCAGGUGCUGGAGUGACCUCUGUAUGUAUGAAGUAUUAUGUGUUGGGAUCCCAAGUGGUUAACAUGUUGUUAAAAACAAUAUGUUCCAAAUCUGAAAUAUUACUGACCAGCUGAUGAUAACCUGUUAGGUUGUUGUAUUUAUGAGCCAGUGUUAUUCUACAAAGGGAAAAGCCCCAACUUAUUAUAAACUGCUAAUAGUGUACAUUAGAAUGCAACAUGGCCCAUAUACUGGACAUGUUUGCAUGGCUGUCUGCCCUCUAUGAGAGCAGAUGUAAACGUAAAGGUUUUUGUGCAGGAGUAUGAUGUAUUACUUUUUGCUAAACUGAAGACUGCUCCUAGUCGUAAAGCAAACAUCUCAACUCAGAAGCGUUUGUCUGUAAAUGUACCAUUUGUUUUGUUGUCUGUCACAAUGUAAAAAUCAGUGACUUGUGUAAAUGCUCACAUAAGAGAGCAAAAGAAAAGGCUGUGCUUUUACCUCAGCUUGAAGAUGUGAAAAACACAUGUAAUGCUGUGACAUGGAUGUGAAUGUGUAUCUUUAUUGUGUGUUUGUGAUUGUGUCUAUAGUAUUUUCCCCAGAGUGCCUGGGGACUGAAGUUAAGCUAUAUGUUGCAAAAAGCUAAUUGAAUGUGACAUUGUCAAGAGAGGGGGAUGUAAGAUUACAUAAUAAAUGGUUAUCUGUUUCUGCUUUAUAAUUGAUGUCAUAUUUUUACAAUUUUACAAGUAGUAAAAUCAAAGUGGGGUUCAAUUUUAGCAGUGAACAGAUAGUCUAGGCUAAGCUAAACCAAGCUAACUGACCUCUGGCUGUAGCCUCCUAUUUACCGUACAGAUGUGAGAGUGGUAUCAAUCUUCAUUGACCCCUAGGCAAGAAAGCAAAUAUAGAUAUUUCCCAAAAUGUACAACCUUUACUUUGAAGGUUUCAACUCAGAAACUCUGUACAGUUCCUAUCAUCACAUAAGCCCCUUAACCAUCAGCUGACUGUGGAACGGAAUAAUUAUGGCUGUGAAAAUUUAGACCUGAGUCUAGGACAAUGCCCAGAUGUCUGGUCUGACUUUCCAGUUGUCACAGAUAAAGACUUAAGAAAUUUAA